UUUAAGAAGCUGAAGUGCUCGGCUUCGUAUAAAAUCCUGAAAAUUGAAACCCGAGAGCAGCAAUCUAUUUGUGCUCAAAUCAAGCUGAAUCUGCAUCCAUUUCUGUGCAAUCACAGAAAUGGAUGCAGAAGCCACAGAAGGAAAUGGCGAUUGACGAUUCGCACCCACAGAUUCUCGAGAAUGCAGACUUUGACCAGAUGCCAAGACUCGAAUCCGUCUCGUUACUGGCGGUCAAGAGUCCACAUCUGACAACCAAUGAGUGCAGGAGAAUAUAUUAUUUCUUCGCUUUUUCUUCAGGUGAUAGCAUCGUCCGGGGUCCAUGUCAAACAUUCUGUUUGCAGAAUUGCUUCGGUCUCCGUCGAGAGUGUUGCCAGAGCAGUUGCCUCGAGGGGGAGAUUGAAGGAUGAAGAUGGAAGACGAGGUCCCGGUGAUCGACCUUGCAGGGACGCAGGACGAUGCGGGGCUGAAAAGCGUCGGUGCGCAAAUCGCCAAGGCUUGUGAAGAGUGGGGCUUUUUCCAAAUCAUCAACCAUGGCGUCGACCUGUCGUUGAUGGACAGGAUUCAGGAGGCGUACAGAGAGUUCUUCUACCUGCCGCCCGAAGAGAAACAAAAGUACUUGGUCGACGACCAAUUUCAGGGCUGGUGCUGCCCCGAGAUGUCGGGCCAUGCUCGCGUGAAGAAAAUUGGCCUCAUCACUCCCGAGACUUGUGAGUACAUGUACCACGACGUCCUGUACGGUGACCCCGAUCGCCAGAAUCUAGUCCCACCAAAUCCACCAGCUCUCCGGGCGACAGUGCUCGAGUACGCGACGCAAGUGAGAGCGUUGCAGGAGAGAGUGCUGGCGGCGCUGUCGCAAGAGCUGGGGCUGGAGGCAGACGCAUUGAGGAGGCUGUUCGCGCCUGCAGACGUCGGCAUUCGAGCCAACUUCUACCCUCUGAAGACGGACGACAACACGGUGGGCGUGCUCCCGGCGCAUUCGGAUGCGCCUGUGUUCACCUUCCUUCUGGCCGACAAGGUCCCGGGCCUGGAGAUCCGCCGCCACGGACGCUGGAUGCAAGUCGAGCCCCUGCAGAAUGCUUUCAUCGUCAACGUGGCCGAUUGCCUCGAGGUGGUGAGCAACGGGAGGUUCAAGAGCGUGGAGCACAAAGGCGGGGGCAAUGAAGGGCGCGAGCGCAUUUCCAUCGGCGCCUUCUACAACCCGGCCAGGGCUGCGACGAUCGGCCCCGUGGCGCAGCUUUUGGACGAGUCGUCGCGCCGGCCGCGUUAUGGCUCGGCGCGCUUCGCAGACUUGCAGGACCAGUUGGUGGCCAAAGGUGUGCACGGCAAGCGCUACGUCGAGGCCUUGAAGAUCCCAGUCGAAGGAUCGUGAAGUCGAAUUUACGUUGCCAGAUUUAUUCGUGCAAAAAAUUUGAUUAUAGACAAUGUUAUUAUACAUAAAAUAAACCUCGGGAUU